GCAGUGUGGUGCCGCCAGAGGAAACAUCUGGGAGGAGCUACAAAGGAGAGCUGAGAACCCGCCCUUCGCCAAAAGCAAAGAACUCAAAACACAGAGACCUCUCCAAACCCCAAAACCUCGAGCUUUUUCAAAAUGAGUACCAUGAAAUUUUGCCGCGAAUGCAACAAUAUCUUGUACCCAAAAGAGGACAAGGACCAGAAGAUCCUCCUCUAUGCGUGCCGCAACUGCGAUCACCAGGAGGUUGCUGACAACAACUGUGUCUACAGAAAUGAGAUACACCAUGCUGUUGGGGAACGCACUCAAGUAUUGCAAGAUGUAGCUGCAGAUCCAACUCUCCCUCGAACCAAAGCAGUGCGCUGUUCAGAGUGCAAGCAUGGAGAAGCUGUCUUCUUUCAGGCAACUGCUAGAGGAGAGGAGGGUAUGACAUUGUUCUUUGUUUGCUGCAACCCCAGCUGUGGCCAUAGGUGGCGAGACUAAUAUUUACGUACUCCUUUUGUGUGCUCGGAUUUCAUCCUAUCAAAAAGAUGUAUUGUUCCCCAAAACUGUAACUUUAGGAAGGAGACUCUGACAUGGAGGUUCUAAAGACUUGUUGAGUUAAUUGUAAAAUGUUUAGUAUUAAAAAAACACAGGCAGUCCUGCUUGCCCUUGCAUUUGCUUGGACUAUCGUUCAAUAUAACAGUUGCCCUUUUUUUCUUUUU